GAAUGGUGCCUCGACAAUGCACAGGGAAUACAGCUGCAGGUUGGAGUUUCUGCGUUAAAAGGAGAUGCAUGCUUUGCACAGGGUGUAGUUAAGCUGGAAAUCUCAUUGCCACAGGGUUUUAUGGAUGCCAGAUUUUUAUGUUUGUCUGCAAAGCAAAGAAAUUCACGUGAAAAAGGAGCCACCAUGGGGAAUUAAACACAAAGAUACAGGGAAAUCCUUGAGAAAAGGGUCACCAGGGGCUGGAAAACCAAUAGGGAAGCACUGCUCUCAUGUUCACUUACUCUUUCCUCUUUUUGUUGGGCAUCUGCUAUUACCCACUGCAGGAUUAGCAACAGGAUCUUCAUUCUUUUAAAUGAUCCUGUACUGACAGCACCUGUCAUGAGCUCUGGAGAGAGCUGGCUUCAGUCCUCUGCCACAUGCUUACUGUGUAACCUCUUUUUCCUUCCAUUUUGAAAACAGAAAUCAGAGCAUUUUCCAUCCUCUGUCAGGGUUGAAACCUGCUUACAGUAGGCUUGGGAAGUGCUUACAAAUGCAGGGGGAGUUGUGUGUGUUGGUGCCCAGUGUUGCCAUGGAGCCAGGUUUUGUUGAUGGACUUGCGCUGGCCAGGGUGCCAUGGGCCGACAGCAGAUGCUGGUGACAGUGGUGGGGCUGCUCCAGGACACAGCUUUCCACAUGGCCAAGUGCAUGGCAGAGGCUCUGAAGCUGAAGUUUCCAAGCAAGUUUGCAGAUCCUGUAAUACAGCCUUUAGUAGAAUUUGCAUGGCAUGAAUAUUUACAGGAGAAAAAGAAGGAACUGAGAGGUGAGGUGUGGGGAUACACCGCCUCGGUGAUGUGCUUUCUUGAUGGCCGGCUGCUGGGGGAUGAGAAGAAUCUGCUCGAGUGGUCUUCCCUUGAGUGGGGCUAUCGUGACCAUAGGCCUGAGGCACUUUACCAAGCAACUGCUGAGGACUUCUACAGCAAAUAUCUGAAAAGCACCCAGCAUGUGUUCGUGUACCUGGAGAUAGCCAUUGAGGAACAGCUCAUUGGGAGGCUGAUCUUUGAGCUCUUUUCAGAUGCAUGUCCCAGGACCUGUGAGAACUUCCGGGCUCUGUGCAUUGGAGGAGCAAAGUCUCGCUGUGACGGCCGAGAGCUCACCUACAAGAACUCCCUUUUUCAUCGCAUAGUGAAAAAUGGGUGGAUCCAAGGAGGAGACAUCAUCACCGGGAAGGGAGACCAAGGAGAAUCAAUUUAUGGUCCCACCUUUGAAGAUGAAAGCUUCUCUGUCCAUCACAAGGGAAGAGGGAUCCUUGGGAUGGCCAACAAGGGCCGCCACACCAAUGGGUCGCAGUUCUACAUUACCUUCCAGCCAUCUCCCUACCUGGACAAGAAAUAUGUGGCUUUUGGGCAACUGAUCGAGGGCACGGAGGUCCUCCAGAGACUGGAAGCCGUACCUACGGAUAAUGAAAGGCCUAAGGUACCCUGCAAGAUUACAAACUGUGGGACCUUUGAGCCAUGAUCAGCAGCUGGUUUUCCUGCCUGCUGAAAGGUAGAGCACAGUUUUCUACUCAACUUUUUACAGACCUUGAUGACUUUCACUUAAAGCAAAAAUAAAAGCACUUCUUGCA